AUGGCUUCUGCGGAGAAAGAGUGGCACGCCAAGUUCGGACUGGACCCUGUCAUGGAAACGCAUCCAGAUACCUCGUCUGAAUCCAUACUAGAAGCUCCCCAGGAGAUCAGAAGGCGCCAAUCAGAUGAGUCCAGUGCACCUAGUCAAGAUGUCCUCGCUGCAGCGGGAGUCGGCCUCCAAGAGGAUGAUCCGGACCUUCCUUGCCUCACAAUUCGGAUGUGGACUAUAGGCAUCAUCUUUUGCUUGCUUGGAAGCGGCCUGAACACCCUUUAUACAUUUCGCUUUCCUUCGGUAUCUCUUUCGCAAUCGGCGGUCCAGUUCUUGGCCUUCCCGGUGGGCAGAGCCUGGCAGUAUACGAUACCAGAUUGGGGCUUCACGGCGUUUGGAUCUCGAAUAUCUCUUAACCCUGGUCCUUUCAAUUAUAAGGAAAACAUCCUCAUCUAUAUCCUUGCCAACCUCAGCUUCAUGACCCGGCUCAGCGCAGAUGUCUUGACAGAACAAAGGUUCUUCUACGGCUUCAAUGCUGGCUGGGGAUUCGAGCUCGCCAUGACCCUAGCUACCAUCAUCUUUGGCUUCGCCCUAUCUGGCAUCUUCCGUGCCGUUGUCGUUGAGCCCCCUGGCUUUUACUGGCUACCAGACCUACUCUUUCCAGCAUUGGGCUACUUUACGUUCAUCUGUUGGGCCGCACCUGACAACGCUGUCGUCAAUCAGGUGUUUGGCAUGAAGAGCGGAAUGGGUGUCUUACCCCUAACUUUCGACUGGAGUCAGAUUGCUUACAUUGGAUCUCCUCUUGUCGUAUCCACAUGGACCAUACUCAACGUUCUAGCCGCGCUCGUUUUCUGGAUCUACGUCGUUGCUCCGGCUAUCUACUACUCCAACACGUGGUAUUCGGGUCAUCUUCCCUUCCAAAGCAACGCCGUGUACGACAACACCGGCAUGGAGUAUAAUGUUACUAGAGUCAUCGAUAGAUCCAACGGCUUCGCCUUCAACGUUACCAAGUACCAAGAAUACUCCAAAAUCUAUAUGCCAGUGACAUAUGCACUCAACACCUUUGGGCUGUGUUUCGCCUCGGUCGCCGCCUUAUUCGUGUGGCUGUUUCUCGAGAAACGCCAUCAGAUAAUGAACAUCGCUCGAGCUUCAUCUCUUGGCAAAGUGUUCGGUGCAAGCAAGACGCACCGCAAGAACGUUCAGCCCCAGUACGAAGGUGUACCAACUUGGUGGUAUGCCAUCGCGGCACUGGCUGGUAUCGCAUUGGGUAUGUUCGCCUGCGAGUACUAUGAUGUCCAGUUGCGGUGGUACGGCGCUCUUUUCGCAUUCGCAAUUUCCACUGUAUUCUUCGUACCACUGGCAUGGGUAUAUGCGACGUCGAAUGUGAAGAUUCAAAUCGAUAUCAUGUGCCGCAUCAUCGCCGGCUACGUUUACGAAGGUCAAGUCCUGGCCAACAUCUGGUUCUUCAAUCUCGGAUACAUUUCUGGCAUCAAAGGCCUCGCGUUCGCGCAAGAUCUGAAGUUGGGAAUUUAUUGCAACAUCCCACCGAAGAAGCUUUUCGCAGCACAGUUCGUCGGUCUGGUAGUCGGUGCCGUUUCCCAAGUUGCAGUGGUCAACUGGGUACUCCACCACAUCCCAGAUGUGUGCACCAAGGACGCAACAAACGGCUUUACUUGCCCCUUCUCACGCACUCACUUCAACACGUCCCUUAUCUGGGGCGCCGUAGGACCCCGCCGCUUCUUCGCAACCGAUGCUCUCUACCACCCGCUGCUAUAUUUUUUCAUUCUCGGUGCGCUGUUACCCAUCGCAAUCUACCUACUGCGCAAGUUCGUAUUCACACAAUCAAAAUGGUUUGCUCGAGCCCACGCGCCACUCCUUCUUGGCGGCUUGAACUAUAUUCCACCCGCUUCAGGAACCAACUACGGAAGCUGGGCGAUUGUUGGCCUCAUCUUCGGGUUGUGGCUCAAAAGGCGAGAGCACGCCUGGUGGCGGCGAUAUAACUUCGUACUAAGUUCUGCGCUCGAUUGCUCAGUAGCGAUCGCUGGGAUACUUAUCUUCUUCACCAUCUUCUACACGGGUGCGGCGGACAACUUCUCCUGGUGGGGAACGGAUGUGUACAAGAAGACGUGUGAUUGGAAGGGAUGCGCGUACAGGACUAUUGAGAAGGGGCAAACUUUUGGCCCUUAG